AGCGCAACACUUGGAAGGUUCCGCGAUAAAGCGCAUUGAUUUGCAUGAUUGAUGUGCGCUGUUAGGUUCAAUGAGUGGGUUGAAACCAACGAUUACUGUAUCUGUCGUUCAUCACUGCCUUAAUGACAGCGAUACCCUGCUGUGUUCUGCAGAACAUUAAAACUAGCAGAGGAGACGGAGAGACUGUGCCGAAUGAUUUUCUUCAGAAUUAGCCACUGUUUUAGUUAAUCGACCAAGGUCAACAACUCUUUGGAAGUUAAUCUUUUGAAACUUAAUUUGAUAUUUAUCCGUGGGUUAUAAUUUAAUUAACUAGAGCUGUAGGACGACCUUUCCUCCUAACAUCUUUAUUAAGAAACAUCUUUCCACAAGAAGUAGAGAUGGCAGCCGGUCUGGAAAAAGCUUGGCACAGGUGCAUUUCUAAGAUUGCCAGCAACGCUUACCUGAUAUUUGGACUUCUUGCCUUCCUAGCCUGGCCCCUCACUAUGGCUUUUGUAGGAAUGAAGUAUUUGGAAUACUGUCCUAUUCAGCCACUGAUUCCCUUGUAUUUGCUGGUCGGAGGAAUUAUUGGAAGUUUAAAGGUGACGUUUCUGCUCUAUGACUCCGCAAAGAUGAGGUCACUUCUUUCCAAGUCAGUUGUCAUAGACGAUGACGAUGAUGACGAGUAUCCGUGGCGACAGAAUGCCCACAAAUACUACAUCCACGUCACCCUCAGCCUGUUCCUCUUCAUCUGGUUCAUUCUGGGAAAUUACUGGGUGUUCUCUGUCUAUAAACCUAACUUCAUCCGUCCGUUCCACCAGCCCCAGGAUUACUGUGAUAAAACCGUGUACAUCUUUGCUGUCUGUGUUCUUGUCAUGAGUCACACGGUGCUCGCUCUCCUCCUUCUGUGCACCUGCUGCCUUUACUGCUUCUCAAAACUGACAUCCACUGCAGAGUAUGACUGAAAAAAAUAUAAGGAUGUGAAUACCAAACUAUUGUAGGUUCUUGUGGUGAUAAGAAACAAAGAUACCAGAGAAGCAGUAGUGGAAAUGCUGGCAUGUUAGGUCAUUUUUGUACGUCCUUGAGAUCUAUAAUGGCAGACAUGUCAAGAGUCACACCCAACUUUUUUGCUGUCAAUUUUAGUACACCUAAAAGAAGUAGUCCCAAAACUUGAUCUUAUUUAUUUGUUUAAAGCUCACUUAUUUGGAUGGUCUGACCUUUGCAUCUUAAUGAAGGUCUGACCAUAGGUUGCGGCCCUUGUUAUAUGCCUACUCUCAUGCACAUUUAAUAUUAUUAUUAUUAUUAUUAUUAUUAUUUAUUUAUUUCUUAGCAGACGCCCUUACCCAAUAUACUGCAUCAUCUGGCCUGCUUGUAUCCAUAGACAUUACAAACGUGUGCUGAAAGAAAAGAGAUAAGAUUAUUCUUGAACGAUUGCCCUUCCCCCCCCCCCCCCCCCCCCUCCCUCCAACAUUUAGCUGAAAGUAAAAUUUUUACCAUUAAUUUCCGGUUUUUAAUAACCAUGCGCAAAUAAUGCCUGAGGGGAAAUAUUGCGGCUCACUGAAUAGAAAUAACUGCCUAGAAGUAGUUGCUCUGUGCAUUAAUGAUUCAGACAAUUGCUUGCAUCAUCAACGAUGAAGGUUCAGGUGAUGGAGUUCAGCGGUUUCGGAUCAGAUGAGACUCCGCAGUCUGCUUUCCUGUUACGCUACAAUCCAUAUUGCAAGAGCUUGUAACUCAGGCUUUUUUUUGUAUUUGACAUUUUGUAUGGUAUUAUUUCGUGUUGUGUUUUCACACCAAUUUCUUACUUACAGAGAUUAGGUAAAUCCAUUUAUUUUAGUGGAGUGAAAAUGUCACGUGUUUAUAUAUUUUUUAAAUGUAGCGACUGUUAUUCUAGUGUGUUUCACCUACAAAUAUGUUCUUUCAUGAUGUGCUUUUGCACUGCACACUGUAGCUCUAAAGUUUAAUGUUUAUUUUGUGAAAAUAUUUGAAAUGACAAAACAGUGGACAUACUGCAGCAGCGUUGAAUUGUAUUUCACCAGUCAAUAAAUAUGUUAACUGCA